CCAAAAUCAAUCUAGGGUGGAAGAACCGGUCUUUCAUUCGACCAGUUGCUCCCGUCCUGUCCGCAAGUCCAUAUCCCACCUCAAAUACCAUCAGUUGAACUGCCUUCCCCGCCGUAAGGUAGCCCCCAAACUCAAAAUGUUGUCCAUGCACUCACCAGAUUCUACCAAGAUGAAGACCCUGACCAACAACCUCCAAAACGCGAGGAUCAACGACCAGGAAAACCAGUACCCAAUGAAGACGAAACAAUUAAAAGUUUUGGGAGACAGUCAGAAACACAAUAUUAUUCAUACGUCAAAGACCCCCUCCAAAGAAGAAAAAAGGAAAGAACUGAAGGAAUUUAAGAAAAAACAGCAAGACCUGCUACAAGAUGAGCCUUUACUACGAGAGAACCCCCGUCGCUUCGUAAUCUUCCCCAUUCAGUAUAAGGACAUCUGGGAGAUGUACAAAAAGGCCGAGGCGUCUUUCUGGACAGUAGAGGAGGUUGAUCUCUCCAAGGAUCUACCGGACUGGGAAAUGCUCAAGAAGGAGGAGAAACACUUCAUCUCGCAUGUCCUGGCCUUCUUUGCCGCCAGUGACGGCAUCGUCAAUGAGAACUUGGUGGAGCGCUUCAGCCAGGAGGUGCAGGUGCCCGAGGCCCGCUGCUUCUAUGGCUUCCAGAUAGCCAUCGAGAACAUCCACUCAGAGAUGUACAGCUUGCUUAUCGACACCUACAUCCGGGACCCAGACGAAAGGACGUUCCUGUUCAAUGCAAUUGAGACUCUGCCUUGUGUUAAGAAGAAGGCAGAUUGGGCUCUGAACUGGAUCAACUCGGACUCGACCACCUAUGGGGAGAGGGUCGUGGCCUUCGCUGCCGUGGAGGGCAUUUUCUUCUCGGGUUCAUUUGCUUCCAUCUUCUGGUUGAAGAAGAGGGGAUUAAUGCAUGGCCUGACCUUUUCUAACGAGCUGAUCAGCCGCGACGAGGGGCUGCACUGUGACUUUGCCUGCCUUAUGUUCAGCCAUCUGGUCCACAAGCCGUCGGAGGAGCGCAUCAAGGCCAUCAUCAGGGAAGCUGUCCUGAUCGAGCAGGAGUUCCUGACAGACGCCCUGCCCUGCUCCCUCAUUGGCAUGAAUGCCACGCUCAUGAAGCAGUACAUAGAGUUUGUGGCCGACCGGUUACUCCUAGAGCUGAAAUGCACAAAGAUCUGGAAUGUGGAAAACCCUUUUGACUUUAUGGAAAACAUCUCGCUGGAGGGUAAGACAAAUUUCUUUGAGAAGAGGGUCGGCGAGUACCAGCGAUCAGGUGUCAUGGCGUCCAAAGAAGAGCAGGUGUUCAGACUAGACGCAGACUUCUAGAUAAGAGACACGAGCAGAUGAGAUAUAUCUGAACCCCCUCUACAUUUGCUGUUAAUCCCAGUCAUUCUUUCCUUCAAGUCAAGUGUAAUGCUUCAUAAAUGGCAGUUGAAUUGUGUCAAAACAAGUCCUGUAAGAUGUAAUUUUGGGGGAAACGUCAUGUUGCAAUAAGUUUCCAACAAUUAUCUUUGUGGUGCUACAUUUUAAUCCUUGGCGUUGUGUAGUUAAAUGUGUUACCUCCCUUCUAACAGUUUUGACAAAAUCCUUUAUCUCAACUUUUUAUACCAGAGAGUCUUUUUACCCUGAAUUUUAAAGUUCUUUUCCCGAGUGGAUUAAGUGGUAGACUAAACUCAGUGUGAGAAUACAGAUAUCAUGGGCCAAUGCGAGCCGGGAUAUCAGCUAGCAAUGCAUGUUGGGACAGUGGCAAGCAGGGCAGCUUCAAUGUUUGUAUUUUCUGUUUCCGUUUGUCAGCAACAGACUAGAGCAACAAUGAACGAGCAAGUGGUUAUUUCUAUAAUUAAGUUUUUAUUCCGUCAGCAUAGCCAUUUAUGGGCACUCUACGGAUAUGAGAUUUCUACUUAAAGAGUUCUACGUAUUGUAAGGUCGAAAACAGUAAUAUGGAAGUUUUUUCAGUCAGGUUGGUUUAUGCUUUGAUACAAAGAAAAUCAGCAUGCAAGUUUUAUUGUAAAUAUUAGUUAUUAUUGGGCACUUUUUAUAUUCAGUCAGAGUCGACCAGCCAAACACUGCCAUUUAACGCCAAUCUGUCAAAAUAAGUGAGAAUUAGCGACGUUGAAGGCAAGUUUGAAAUUUUGCUGGAUAUUUUUUUCAAACUUUCAUUUAUAGGCAGAUAGUUGCCAUUAGGACGUUUGAAAAUUAGACCAAAAUGGAGGAUGACCUGUACUUAGCUUACUUUUUGUGUUUUCACAUUUUUUCUCGUGUACUUAAAAAGUGAUUUAUGUAGCAUGCAUUUUAUUUGUUCUGAAUGUUUUUUAAAUGGUAAUGCCAUUUGUGUCUUAAACUUGAAAGUAAAAAUUUUUAACCAAUAUUGAAAUAGUGGAGCGAUCAGGAGUGAAUGGACAUGGAUGGAGACCGAUUGCAUAACUUUGCCGGAAAUUCCUUUGUUUGUAAUACAUUUUCAAGGUCAUUGAACUUUUUUACUGCAUUUGUAACUACAUGUACACGUUUUUACUACCCCACAUUCCAUGCAGUUAUCUUUUCCUCAUUAUACCUCUAAGCUCGUAAUUUGUAAUGACUUCUAGGGCUCAUGGCUGAACAAGUGCUCACCAAAGCAGCUGUCGUGUCUUCAUCUAGCUGUCUGAAGAUGAUGUUGUGUACAUUUUAUACAUUCCGGAAUUGUACCUGAACUUCCCUUUGAAUAAUUUAAAAGUUUCAACAAGGUUUUCUCUUCACUGAACUGCAAUGACAUACCUGUAUACACUUUCAGCCUCAUUUUACACUGGAGAGGGAAGAGAAAUCCUUGUACAGUACUUGUAUUGACAAAUCUUCACGUAGACCUGAGUUUGUAAAUAUAAUUUAAUCCUGUUUCUUGUCUUUAAAAAUAAUAAGCAACAAACCUGGUGUACGUGCCAUUUUUUAUUGCAAAGUUCUGUAAGCUUGACGGUCUUUUGAAUCAUUUAAAUUUGGGUCUACUUUGAAUUAUUUACCCAUGGAAUUAAGUCCGACAAACCAAGCUUUAGAACGCAUUUUAAAAAGUACAUGUACUUGUUUUUACGUGAAUCCGAACAUUUCUGGGGUUCUGCAAGACUGAGAAUUGUACAAAGAUAAAUAUGGAAGAAUGGACAGCCUGCAGCUCGUUUCCAAAGCAUUAAACGGGUGUGAGAAUUAGCUUUCUUUUGGAAA